GGAGACGACGGCUGGAGCGUUGAGGCGAAGCAAAGAGGGGCGGCGGGGGCGGGGGGGUGAAACUGCAGCAGGGUCCCAUGCUCGCCUCGGAUUUCCUUUUCGGCUCUGGGCUCCCCUCGCUCUUUCCCUUCGGCCACAUUGUUGGCUUCAGCCUGGGGGAGGAAGCAAUGCCUUGUUCAAUCGGAUGAAAAGUUUGCAUAAUGAUCACGGGAAAGGCGGCAGGGAAAAUCUAGAACUCACCCCGGACAGGAGCCUCCAACUAAAUGGGUCCAGUUAUGCCUCCUAGUAAGAAGCCAGAAGGCUCGGGAAUUACCAUUUCCAGUGGACUGAGCCAGUGUUAUACAGAUGGUGACCUAUCAAAAACUCUACAGGACGAGGAGGACUUAGACUUUUCUUUGCCUAUUCUUCGACUGGAAAAAGAUCCUAUAGAAGAUGAGGAACUUACCAAUUUGAAUUGGUUACAUGAGAGUAAGAACUUGCUGAAAAGUUUUGGGGACUCGGUCUUAAGAAGUGUUAGCCCAGUUCAAGACCUGGAUGAUGAUACCCCUCCAUCUCCUGCUCAUGCUGACAUGCCCUAUGAUGCCAAGCAGAACCCAAACUGUAAACCACCAUAUUCAUUUAGCUGCCUCAUAUUUAUGGCUAUUGAGGACUCUCCAAACAAGCGGCUUCCUGUGAAGGAUAUAUACAACUGGAUUUUGGAACACUUUCCUUAUUUUGCAAAUGCUCCUACUGGAUGGAAAAAUUCUGUGAGGCAUAAUCUGUCAUUAAAUAAAUGUUUUAAGAAAGUGGACAAAGACAGAAGUCAGAGUAUUGGCAAGGGGUCUUUGUGGUGUAUAGACCCAGAAUAUAGACAAAAUCUUAUCCAGGCUUUGAAAAAGACACCCUAUCACCCAUAUUCCCAUGUGUUCAGCACACCUCCAGCAUCUCCUCAGGCAUAUCAAAGCACAUCUAGUCCACCCAUUUGGCCAGGAAGCACCUUUAUCAAGAGAAAUGGAGCUCUUCUGCAAGAUCCUGACAUUGAUGCUGCCACUGCCAUGAUGCUUUUGAAUACUCCCCCUGAGAUACAAGCAGGUUUUCCACCUGGAGUGAUACAAAAUGGAGCUCGCAUUCUGAGUAGAGGAAUUUUCCCAGGAGUUAGACCACUGCCAAUAAAUCCUAUUGGAAAUAUGGCUGCAGCAGUAAGAAAUGGAAUAGCAAAUUGCCGAAUGAGGACAGAUAGCGAGCAGUCGUGUGGUUCUCCAUUGGUGAGUGGUGACCCAAAGGAGGAUCAUAACUAUAGCAGUGCCAAAUCUUCCAAUCAUAGGAGCACAUCACCCACUAGUGAUUCUGUUUCCUCUUCUUCUGCUGAUGAUCAUUAUGAAUUUGUCGCAAAAGUCAACCGGGACAGUAGUGAGGGCAGCGAGGUCAACUUCCAUAGCCACGAGAGCCAUAGUGAGGCAGAAGAUGAGAGCAAACGGCAAAACCGAAAAGAGACCAAGGAUUCUGUAGCUGAUAGCGGGGUCCCCUCUCAGCACAAGAAACGUCAGCAUUUAUUGAAGAUGAAAAAAGUACCAAGUGACACACUGCCUCUUAAAAAGAGACGCACGGAAAAACCACCCGAGAGUGAUGAUGAGGAGAUGAAAGAAGCUGCUGGAUCACUCCUGCAUUUGGCAGGAAUUCGAUCUUGUUUGAACAACAUCACCAAUCGGACGGCAAAGGGACAGAAAGAGCAAAAGGACAUGACGAAAAAUGAGAACAAAUCCAUUGACUGAACUUAUAAAACAAUUUUGUUUCAGCACGUCAGGUGAAUUCUAAUGAUUUGUGGCAAUAUCAGAAAAUAUUUUCUUCAGUUUUUUUUUCUUCUCCCAUUUUUUUCAUUUUUUUUCUUUUCCCCCCUUUUUUGAACCCAAAAUAUUUGUGUUGUAUUUUUUUAAAGGAGAUUGAAGCCAUAGAACUCAUACUGAUACUCAUCUAAUUUUACGAAAGCUUUUCAUUACAUGAAGACGAAAAUAAGUAAAAGCCAAAAUUGCCAUUGCUUUCUCCAGUUCUUUCAGAAAUGCAUGGUUGAAUACGCUGUGAUACCACCAGUUAAUGUGAGAAGAAUAAAAAUUGGCACUUGAAAAUACAUUAUAUAAUGAGAAAUUGAAUCAUAUGGUAGAUCCAGGCCAGGCUCUUAGAAAAAUAAUUUAAAAGCCUUAUAAUUAAAUGAGAGAGAGAAUGUAUGUAUGUAUGUAUGUAUGCGUGCAUGUGUGUGUAUUCCAUAAAUUUGAGGGAAGCCAGAGGCCCAUCUUCAGAAUCAAGAAUAAGAUAGUGGCAUUUGCUUGCAUUUGUGCCAUAGAAAUCUUGGAAUAUCCACUAAAACAGCUGCUCAUACAGUAAUGAAUUACUUAAGCUUCAUGUACUGUAUAUGGCUCAUAAUGUGAAGACUUAAUACUUUUUAAAUUAUGGAAACUGAACUGUGUAUGCAAUGAGUUUCAAUAAUAUAAGGAGAAAAGGGCGGAGGGGGUUGGGGGGGAUUAGUGAUAUUCUUUAAUCAAUUAAUUGUCUUCUAUAUUUAAAUUAAACGAAUGUUUUUUAAAAAGCCAUAAGCCUGAAGAUUGGCACUGCCUGCAAAAAUAUUAUGGGAAAACAAGCUAUGAGUUCUUAACUGCCUGAGUGAAAAGCAAUCAAAUCUAAAAUAAAAUAUGAGUAGAUAUUUAAAGAGGAUCAAAAUGAGGAAACCUUUUUGGUAGGAUAAAAAAUUGAUCUCAUGAGAAGAGCAAAAUACAUAUGCUACAAAACCUGUCAUUAGUAUUAUAUUACAUUUAAAAAAACAAAUAUAUUUGGUUGGACAAGAAAUCCUAAUCUUAACUAAAACUCUACAGUGCUCCUCAGAACGCUAUACCUGUUAAAUAGCCAGGAUACAUUUGUGCAAAAAUAACAAUAUAUUUCCAGUUAUAACCACUGUAGCCAGAUUCACUGAUCCUGAUUUAAAUUGCAUGGAUACAUUUCCGGGAGGGGCUCAGGAGUACAAAAUAAAACCCCCCUUUUUAAUUCAAAGAUAACAAAAGUUCUUGUAAGGUAAAUAAUGUAUUUAGCAUGAAGCAUGAAUUAUUUUCAUAUAAAUAGAGAAAAAUAGAGAAAAGGCUAUGCCUCUAAUUUUUAAGCCAAUAGGCUUAGUUUUGGUUUUUGGUUUUUUGGUUUGUUUUUUAUUUUGUUUGGGAAGCAGGUGUUUUAAGGUUUAACCUUUUUCAGGGACAAAUACUGACUGUUGGGGAACUUAUUCUGCAAUAUUAAAAAAUAAAACUUCAUGCUCGGGUAGGGCUUGGAUGGUUGAAUUAUAUUGCCUUGUCUGCACAUUCAGCCCCUUCCCCUACUUCUCUGUUUUUUGAAGAUGUUUGUCCUUUCUUUGUCUUUACAUGUAUUAACAUUACGCAAUAAUUUUGAGGGCAAAGCAAGUAGUGAGUGUGUAUGAUUAGACCCCAGGAAAGACUCUGAAUUUACUGUAUAGAGAGAGGAAACAAUGGACAAUUUGGUUUUGGAGAGAUUGUAACCAAUGAGAUACACAGAUAUGCCAAGAAGGGAUAAGUUUUGAAAGGCCUUUCAUUUGUGUUCACAACUUGACUUGAGUACAUGAUGGAGAAGCAACUUUGUUAUGGCCAUACCUGUUAUGCAGUGGUAGUCCUGUAGAGUUUAGAAUAAGGCCAAUAUCCCAGACCACCACCACCCCAAAAAUGCUAAUAUAGACAGCCAUAAUCUUGAGAUUAUUUUUUAAGACUUGUAGAUUGGGUUCCAAAUGACUUUUACGUGAUCCUGUGAAGAAUCCAGAUUCUGCAGCUUAUAAAAUUCCCCUUAAAAAUGUGGGUGCUACAGUCAGAUGAAAAUUCUAGGACAUCCUCCCAAAUAAUAGUAUUAGGAAAGCAGUUCUUUUGAUCUUAGCUGCUUUAUUUUAAAUAAAUACAGCUUUAUAGUAAUGGAAGUAGUGACAUUACUGAUGAUGUUUUAAGGUUUAGAGAUUAAGAUGAGUUGAGAAUAGUCAGUGGCAAGAAACUGAAAAAGAAUUCGAAAUAUCUUUAGCUGUCAUUGAAUUAUAUUCUAGGAACAUGGUAUCCAUUGAAAACUGAUACAAACAGAUUUUUAAAAUAAUGUGUGCCAAAUCAGGCUUGAGCUAACAAAGGUUUGAGUAAGUUCAACCUCUGCAUUGCCUAUCAAGACACUUUUUUGUGUAUUCAAAAAUCGGAAUCCCUUUUUCUGCCUCCACUUUCUCAAAAAAAUUGAUAUUUGCCUCAAAAGCAUCAAUAAUUUUAAGAGUUAAUAAAAAGAAACCACAUUAGUGAAUUAGAAGUUUUCUCUUCAUAGAAGAGUGCCAUUUACAUCUUGCCAGGGGCUCAUGAUGAAAUAUAAAAUAUGUUGUUGCUAUUUAUUGCAGUGGAAUAAUUAUUCACAGUGAAGCUGUUUAAGUUGUAGACUGGAAGGAUCCUGGACUCAAAUUUUUAUUGCUUAGGCCAAUGUUCUGACAUUUAGAAAAUGUAAAAAGAGAAUUGAAGUUAUAUAUUAUAAUAUUGAAGCUAUAUUAUCCCACACAAUUCCAUCCAAAGUAAAGCAAUUUGUCUCAGUAAUUUGUCUACUAAUCUCCACAGAAAUGUACAACAUGCUUCCAACAGGACUGUAUCCCACUGACUGAACAUCAAUAAUUUAAAUGUUUUAAAUAAAAAUAAUAUGCUGCAAAUAAUUUUAGCUAUUGCCAUACAAAAAGCAAUCACAACUGAUAUUUUUUAUAAAAUAAAGCAAAAUUCAUUUGAGAGUAAACAUUAUGCAUGUUGCAAGUUAAAUACCUGGAUUUUAUUAGAAAUUAUGGAAGAUUUACUAAGAAUUUACAUUCUCUCUUGUACAGUCACAAUCAAUAGUUGAAACAAACUCCACAACACUAUUCUGUUGUGCCAACUUAUCGUUAGUGCCAAACUGAAAAUUAAACAGGUGGGCCCAAGUUAAAAACCUCAGAUACUACUUCUAUUCAUGGUGAAAUCCAUCCUCUCUAUAUGUUGAGCCCUUCCUUGUUCCUACACUUCAGGCAUUUUGAAAUAAAAGAGAGGGGAAUGUUCAUAACUGGGAAAUGUAAGCAAUAAUACACAAAACAUCUGUUUGGUCUUUCUCUGCUCCCACAUAGAGUACUAAAAAUAAUCCAGGAAGUUGAUGCCCAUUGUCAUUCAGACUUAAUUCUUCAAGCUUUUAGGAGUUGUAGAUCUCACAGUUGCUUUCUUCUUGUAUGAAGAGUCUUUAAGAUAGCACAAUCUGAGACAGUAUCUCAGAAGGCCUUGAACAGAAUGCAGAAGGUCCUGUGCUGUAUGCAUUGUGGCAAAAUGGCAAAGAGAAUGUGCAUAUGUACUUAGAGUAAUAUAUGCAACUACCUUCUUGUUACAUCAUUCUUAAUGUGUUUGGGUAAUUGAGGCAGCUCUUAUAUUCUGCAAAUAAUUUUGUAGGAACUGUGGAUUGUCAAAAUAACAUGUAAGAUUGUUUUCCUAUAAAAUAGUGAAUUGUUUACUGCAUAUUUCUCCUUCCAUAAGUGAAAGGGCUUUCUCUGUCCACUGAAAGCUUUUGUUCUAAUAGAUGGUUUUAACAGAAGAGAAGAAACAACUGUUGUCAAUUAUCCAGUCCCUUUGUAGCUCCAAAUAUCAUCUCCCACAUUAUGCUGAAAAGUCCUCCAACUUUCAGAGGCUGCAGCUCUGGUGUGGGAGAAAUUCACUUCUGUUCCUCAAACAUGCUACUGGGAAUAUGUUCUGAAGAGUUAUCAGAGGUGGAUCCCAUUGACAGGAAUAAAAUUUGGAUUCAAGCCAGCGUCAGCUUGGAUUGUGAUUUAAUUCUCAAUAAUAUUUUUUCAUAACAGACUGUUGCAGAAUUUCUUGUCAGCAAUCUAGGUUUGUGUUGUCAUUAAAUCAUUUCCAUGACAAACUUUUACAAGCAGUGUUUUAAUUCUGAACACUCCGAAGUAUGCAGUUCUUUGGUGACUAAAAAUGUCUUCUGAGUACCUGUGUUGUAACUUUUAACAUAAAAGAGGUUGAACAUAGUUGUGCUGGAAUGGAGGUCUGUAUCCGCAAUGAAACUUAAUUGAGACUUGAUGUGAGAAUAUCCAUAUAUCUCCCUGAAAAAAGUAGACUUACAUACAAAUGAUGCAGAAAUAAAGAAGGAUUAAUAAUCUACAGGAACAAAUCUUCUGAAUUUUAGAUCAGCUGUUCAGAAUGUGCCAGCUGCAAAUCUUUCUAGGAAAUUGCUCUAGAGAUUGUUCUCCUAGUUGUAUUUCUGUAUAACAUUGGACAGAUGGCAACUUGAAAACUUUCAUAGGUGAUUGUUAGUGUCUUAUGUCACGAACAGAAUCUGUUUAACUCUAUAAACUUGUCAGCAGUUGUUGUCACUCAAUUCAGAUCAUCUGUCUUGGAGAACAGAAGUUAUUUGAAAACCAUUUUUUAAUGACAAAUGGAAGUACUUCUUCAACGGAAACAGUGUGCCGUUUCUUUAUAUAAGCAGGUUCUUGCUACUCUCUGUCACAUUCAAAAAGGCAAAACAGACUAUGUAGAGUUGAAGUUGGUUUCAGUAAGAAAAUUGCCACGGUAGAAUUCAGUGUCCUGGCUACUAAAUUAUUUUCAGGCUGGUUAAUUCACUGACCAGAGUCAUUCAUUCUUUGGGUUGUGUUAUAGUUAAGUUUGUGAGUGAAUUUCAUGACACUGCCCGCAAUAUAUAAAACACUGUUAUGCACAUAAAUGCAGCACUGUGAUCUAAUUUAAAUAACUUUAUUAUUAUUUAAUAUGUAAUAUAUGUUAAUACUUCAGUAUGGAAAGAACCAUGCACAACCUCCGACCGUCUGUUUUUCUACUAUCAGGAAUUUAAAGACAUAGUUAACCACAUGUAUUUUACUUUUCCUAUGAAGCUAUAGUCUUGGUGUAGGAUUUUUUUUAAGUUGAAUUUUAUAAGUAUUUACUAAAUAUUCUAUGCUAUCAUAUAUAUGAACAUUCUCAUACUUGUUUCUUUAAACAAACUUCCCUUCUGAUUGUAGUUCUAAUUAGAAAAUUGGGUAGAGAGAUUUGGUAAGCCAGGGAUGAUUUUUUCCAAACUCUUCCUUGAAUCAAAAUGCAAAAUUGUAGGUGUGAAAUUUUUAUAAAGUCCAUUGUGUCUGUGCAAUUCUUCCACAAGUCUGCAUGCCAGCACUACUUCACUAACCAAAAACUAUAUUUAAUUCAAUCUCUGGUGCUGUAUUUUGCUAAUCAAUAUUCAAAAUUUAAAAAUAAAUGUUUUAAAACCAUUUUUUUCAUAGAGUUUCUUAUGCUAUUUUUUUCAAUACUAGCAUUUGAAACUCUAUUUACCUAGAACAAAAUUUAUUUUUGAAUCUAUUUGCCAAUAAUAAUGAGGGAAUGCCUCUGGUUUGUUUUUGUUUUUUUCAAUUCUGAAUGAGAACCACCUGAUACCCAGCAUUGACAAAGUAUACACCAAAUACCCAGGUUUAAGCUUUAAAAAAAAAACAGAAGUAAAGUCAUAUCUACCAGCCAACCUUUUGAUUAUGGAAGAGAAGCUAAAUCCAACCUCUCACCCAAAAUACAAUUGAUAGAGUUUAAAUUAGAAAGUAAGAGUUGUGGGUUUGCACACAUAUUUUCCCAAUAGAUUUGUGUGCAGAAGCUGAAAGGGGAGAUUUGGUUUCCUCUGUCCUAAUGUGUGUUUAUGAGGAAAAGAUCUGAUAACUGAAAAUACCUUACAGGUUUGGAUUUCUUCUGACUUGGCUUGACCCUGAUUAGGUUUUCCCUUCAGUAAUACUAUUAAGAUGAAAAUGUUGGUGCUUGGAGUACUGUUUUAAUAAUUUCAUUAAUGAAUUUCAAAAUCAAUUGAUUUAGCCUGGUUUCACUUUUGUAUUAUACACACUCACUACUUCAAUCUGCCUUGGGGUCAAACGUUGGAAGAGAUGGGGUAGGGAAUGAUUUCUGUGUGUAUGAAAAGCAUUAUGGAUUUGUACAUUUUUAUACUCUUCUGUAAUAUUUUUGAAAUAUUUUUGUUCUGCAGAAAAAAAGUGAUGAAGCAAUCAAAAGACCAAUAUACAAUAUCAAUGCUUUGGGGGUGGGGGUCAUGAGACCUUCAUUGGCCAAUAGGUUAAUUUAGUACAGCAAUAAGCCAAUUAUGUUCUUUUUGUUUUUGUUUUCUGAUUUUAUUCCUCUUUUCCCCGAAAAUGCUGUACUAGUUGAAUGGAACUGCCAGUUUCUUUAAUAUAAGUGAGAACUGUGAUGGGGGACAUAAACAGUAAUGUUAAGUUGUAUUUGUGUUUACCUAAAUGAGCAGUCAAAAGGCAAGUGCAAUCAGCCAGAAAUAUGGAAAAAUGUUGAUCUAGAGGCAUACUUGCAUUUUAUGUUUCUUGAUGUGUAAUCAUAUUGCCAAAGACAAACUCUUUCAUCAGUUAUUAUUGUAAAUAACACUCUCCCAAAACCUUCCAUAAAGUUUCUGUGAUGUAUUGUCUUCCAGUUGCAAUAAAAAUUACCGAGUUGCAUCAAUUGAAUAACUGCA